AUGUUCUUACAAGGGAAUUCGGACGGAGACUUCAAAAAAUUCGACUCCGGCGGGAGACAAAACAAGAGCAAGAUGAUCAUGAUCGGGUCCCUGGUCUGCUUCAUCAUCUUCACCAUGGCCCUGAACUUUGUGCAGUCCCCUGCCGUGGGUUGUCUCAAGCACAACGGCACUCACUACUUGCUGGAAGUUCCGGACGAGACCAUCAACGAACGGGAUUACGAGUCCCGAGGACGAGACCGGGAAGAAGAAGACGGCGAGGACAUCGAACCCGUGGAAGUGCGGGAGAAACGCGACACCGGACCCGUCGUGUCCUGGAUCGACGGCUUUGGCAACUCACAUCCGGUCAUCGUCAGGGGAUCGUCAUCCAUGGGCAUGAGACGGAUGAAGCGUCGCAGCAACAAUGACGACGCGGGAAGAACAUUCACGAAUGCGCUGAGCGGGUCGUUGAAUUUCGAAGGAGACUUUUUGCCUGCCGACGAGUACGUGCGAAAAUAUUCGGACUUGCUGACUGAUGACGAAGAUCCUGGUAAUGAUAAUAAUGAUGACCUCGGGAACGUGGAAUCAAUGAGGAUGAAGAGGGAAGCAAAAAAGCCAGGAGUGGGACACGUGAUCGGAACGUCACCCUUGCAAGUCGAGUUUGUUGUCAACUAUAAAGAAAAGGACCACGAGACCUGGUUUUCCCCGCCGAACAGCAACCUUGUUUACACUUCCAAGGAUGUGCAAAAGGUGUUUUUCCUGCUGCUGCUUCUGAUCCUGAUUGGAGAAGGCCUGGGGGCACCAGCAUUGACCCUAGCUGACAGGACAGCGCAAGUAGGCAAGGAAAGAAACUACACCAUCUGCUUUGCUGUUUUCUCUGUGCUCAUGGGUUGUGCCGGGAUAACUUCUACUCAGUUCAGGUUCCCCCAGACGCAAGUGCCCGACAGCUUGAGGCUGGAUGACGUGAACAAGGAUGGACAAGCCGGUGCAAAUAACGUGCAAACGGAAUAUAAAUUUUCCUUGGAAGGCAAUCCAGUUCCAGAUCCUGUUCAGGAGCCCGUGAGACCAGCUGCUGAUCUCGGAAAGAGCAAAGUGUUCGCCCAGCAGUUGCCGAGACAAAUGCCUGAAUGGAUGACAGUUUUUCGUCAUUUCGCGUCUCCCAGAUGUGCGACUUUUCUGUUUGUUGCCUGGUUGAUGGGUUUCGGAAUCGGUCUCAUUUUCACGUUUUUGUUCUGGCAUUUGCAGGAUUUCGGAGGUACUCCAACGCUCUUCGGUAUCGCUUCAGUCAUCAACCACAUUUCCGAAAUCUUCGCCUACUUUUUCUCCUUUAGGCUGAUCACGCAGAUCGGGCAUGUGAAGGUCUUGUGUUUGGGUCUGAUUGGGAACGUCAUCAGGUUUCUGUACAUCAGCUGGCUGAGGAACCCGUGGUGGGUGCUGCCAUUUGAAUUCAUGCAGGGAAUUACGCAUGCAGCAGUGUGGGCUGCUUGCUGCUCAUACAUAGCCCAUGUGACACCCAUGGACUUGCGCCCGCAUGCAAAUGGCGUCCUCCAAGGACUGCAUCACGGGUUUGGCAGAGCUUGCGGAGCCAUUUUGGGAGGAUGUUUCGUCCAAUAUUUUGGGAGCCAAGCAACUUUCCGGGCUUAUGGAUUCUUCUGCUUGCUGGUGUUGGUUGCCUUUGUGCUCAUCCAUUUCUUCAGGGAAGGAAAAUUCCAGAUUGAUUUAUCGCAUGUGGAUGACCCUAGAGUUGUGGCUGAAGCGUCUCAUUUGGCACCUCAUGGAGUUCCUGCUACUCCAAUGCCCAGAGUGCUUUCUUCUUCCAAGAUUCAAGACCUUGCGGAGCAGCAGCAACAGCACAGCCAGGUCAACUAUGGAUCAGGACCCAAUUUGGGGGUUGGGGGUACCAGCAAUCCGUUUUUGGGUGGAGGCGGUGGAGACUUUAGUGGAGGCUACAACUACCACAUGGGAAUAACUGGUGGCACAGAUUCUGGAAGUGACGUUGAGGACGUUUUCCCAUCUCCAACUGCUUCAACCAACCCUUUUAUGGAUCCAGCUUUUGGCCUGACCAACAAGGGCAAGUCCUUGCGCUCACCUGAUGUCAUGGUCGAUUUGGACUGGAUCCGGGAAAACUUCCAUGCCUACAAUGAUGCACUAAAGGAACUCGUGGAGUCUGAAGAGAAGCUGCUGAAGGGUCCAAUGCCCAAGACGAAGCCACAUCAUCAACAACCUUUGCCAGCUUAUGCCACCAAUGAAUACGACUGGUGAUGCAAUGACUUGACAUAAUGCAUGUCGUCUUCCCUCGUGGAGAAGAAGAAGAAACAAAACAAAGCAUUGAAGACCACAUGGUACCAAUUUGGCUUCCUCGUACCUCAUAAGCGCUGGAGUCCACGAGAACUAUCUAGUAUUGGUACCGAAAUUAUUAGAGAGACUUCCUUUCUUUCUUUUUUUUUUACUUGAGUUUAGUAGUUUUGCUAUUGUUAGUUAUUUUAUUAUUUCAGAUGCUAACUAAAGGUCAUCUUUCGUUGAAAUUUGUGAAUGUGGUGCCACCCAAUGUAGUUGUAUUACAUUUUUCACUGAGUUAGACUUUUUUUUAAGAUGUACCGAAAUUUGCACUUGGAAGCAGGCUGAUUUCUUUUCGCCAUCCUGUAGCAUUUUCCGACCAACAUUUUUUUAGCGUGGUCGACUCAUAUUUGAAGAAUUUCCUUAUUAGCCGACUUUUUCUUUGCAAUUUGAAGCAAUUGUUCCUGGAACGCCGGUUUUGGAAUACUUAUACCAGCAACGUUGAGCGUUUCUUGUUCCUUUUUUUUGUGACAGAGUGAGCAAUUUUCGAACAGCGAGCUUUCAAGAAUCAGCACUAGUCAAUACUACUUCAACCAUUGAUCUCAGAAAUCUGAAUGUUCGCAAGCAAAAAGUAUGUGAUAUGAUUUAGUCACGAUCAUAGGCUUUGUGUUCCAUUUCCGUGUACGCUUUUGUUUUAAAUCUUUUGAUGUAGAAUCGUCGAAUCUUUUCGUUUGUUGUCAUGCAAGAGUGCACAUGGCUAUAUACAUAAUAGGUAUCCAAGUGAGAAUUUGCAAGUGUUUUCCUUUUCAAAAAGGAAUUUUUUGUGUGUUUCAUGGGACUCAUGUGUGGUCAAUAAGGCAUUCGGAAGAAUACGUAUGGAAGCAAUUGCUGAAGGCUACAAAAAAUAUUAUUGAGUGGAAGUCGAACUUGGGGGAGACAGAGAAAAAGUGUCGAGUGUUCAUGCGGAAAUAUUCCAGGAAAAGACAUUCUUGAUCUCGCAUUUGUUGUUACCUCGCUUUGUUGGCUUGUAUAGAUGUUGUGCGUUUUUGAUGAGGUUGGAAUAAGUAAUGUAGUGCAAUAAGCUAAGGAUGUAUUCGGUUAUUGUUGAGUUGAGGAAAUUGAAAAUCCAUUCAUUCUUGCCUCUGUGAUCACCAUAUCAAGUGUGAAAACAGGCAUGCAUCAGCAGUCAAGAGGGACAUUGAAGGAAAUAAAUAAAAACAGACACCCAGUUGUUCCAAUAAGCAUAAUA